AUGCGAUACCUUAAGUCGUUCGCUAAUUUACGCAUACGGUCAGAAGGGGCGAUAGCGCACCCACGAAACUUGAAAUGUUACUUUCCUCACUUGAGAGUCCUUCCAGAAGACAUAGUCGAGGACAAUACGGAUCACAACUCUAGCGUGAUUGAAGAAGAGUAUCAUGAAGAAGGAAAAAACAAAAUUAGCGACGUGGAAUCUACAGCAACAGAAGCACAAAACUCAGAAGUUAAGAGUCUGAAAUUGCAACCUGGUAUUCCUUACGAAGUCCGUGAUGAGAAAGGCCGUAAAUGGUGGAAAUACUUCGAUGAAUUCGAGUACAGGGCAAACUCAGAAUACAAGAAAUCUCGUAACUGGUAUACUUUCCUUUACCCCAACCACACAACCCAUUCUAAAGCAGAACGUACGCUACUUUACAAACUUGAUAUUUUGAUUGGUCUUUACUUUCUCAUGCUUUGUUGGUCCAAAUCAUUAGACAGUAACAAUUACACGAGUGCUUAUGUGUCUGGAAUGAAAGAAGAUUUAAAAAUGGAGAAGAAUGACUAUAUCUACACGUCUACUAUUUCUAACGUGGGGGCUAUCGUCUUUCAGCUACCCUUCAUGUACUUGCUGCCCCGUUUUCCCGCUCAUAUCAUCUUACCAUGCAUGGACCUUGGGUGGUCAUGGUUCACUUUUGCAUGCUACAGAGCUAAGUCCCUUGCAGAGUUGCGAGGAUACAGAUUUAUCCUGAGUGCAUUUGGUGCUGCUUAUUAUCCAGUAUCGCAGUAUAUUUUGGGUUCAUGGUAUGCACCAGAUGAGAUUAGCUCAAGGGUGUGCCUCUUUUUUUGUGGGCAGCUACUGGGUGGUGUAACUUCAGGUUUGUUGCAAGGUCGUAUUUACAAGAGCCUAAACGGUGUCAAUGGAUUGGCUGGUUGGAGGUGGAUGUUUUUGAUCGAUGCCAUCGCCAUCUCUAUUCCAUGUGGUCUCAUUGGAUUCUUUGCCAUUCCUGGCAUUCCAUCAAAAUGCUAUUCGCUAUUUCUCACAGACGAAGAGAUUAGAGUGGCUCGGGCAAGAAAUAAGAGGAAUCAAAUAAAGGACGGCAUGUCAAAAAGCCUGAUGCCAAAAAUCUGGUCUUGGAAACUGUGGAAGAAAGUAUUUCUCACUCCAACAUUUUGGGUUUUGGUAGUUUUCGAUACUUGCUCCUGGAACAAUAUGACGGCCUUCAGUGGUAGUUAUUCCUUGUGGUUGAAAUCUAACCCCAACUAUUCCAUUGUCCAAGUCAACAAUCUCUCAGUUUUACCGGCAUGUCUAGGGUUUGCCUAUGUAUUCUUCUGCGCUUGGGGAGCUGACUUAUUCCGUUGUAAGUGGAUUUUCAUGGUUUUCGCCGCCAUAAUGAAUUGUGUUUCGUGUGCGAUAUUAAUUAAAUGGGACGUUUCUUCGUCAGCGAAAUGGUUUGCAUUCUUGACAACCUAUUUCUCUGUCGCCCCUUCGCCAUGUCUUUGGUCAUUUAUAAAUGACUUUUUGAGAUUCGACCCUCAAAUUAGAGCAGUCACUUGGAUUGCUAUUUAUUCAUUUUCACAGUCAACAUAUGCAUGGAUUCCUGCACUUGCAUGGCCAACAGUAGAAUCGCCCAGAUUCAGGACUGGUUACACAGUCAGUUUGAUUUUUGGAGCUAUCUACGGAUUAUGGACUUUUGUUGUACUUUACUUCUACAAAAGAAAUGAGAGGAAGCAUGCGCUCGGGAAUGGUAUUAUUUUGUAUAAUAGUGAAAAUGGCGAAUCAAUUCCACCUUUUGUUGAUACUCACAUGCAAAAGAAAGGUGACUAUUACUAUGUCAAGGAAGAGAAAGCUGAGUGA